AUGGGUGUUAAAUCAGGGCCGGCAGAUAAAUUCUGCCUUGGGGGAGGGACCGGGGAUAGAGGGUCAGUACAGCCACCACAGUGCCACAUCGGGACGAAAGUGAAAGGGCAGCGGUACCUGCGUGCCAACCUCAUUCCUCUCUUUCCCCAUUUGUCCCACCAUCCCAAGUCUGGAGAUGGUGGGGUGAUUGCUGGGCGCCCCUUCUUUGGGAUUAAUUCACUGACCGGCAAAGUGCCGGCAAUCGACGCCAACCCAAAAGAGCUCGAAGAUGGUGUGUGUGUUUGUGUGUGGUGUCGAUACUCUGGUGUCUGCGGGGGUGACGGCCGGAUCCCCUCUCAAAUUCUAGGCGGAGAAGAACAUGUCCCAUGCCACCUUCUGCCAUGGUAUCUGCAGCGGGCGGCACCUACUUGUGUAUCUUCCUGUCGCGACGCCUUCCUCUCUGAUCCCGCUGUGCCGGGGAAACUCUCCAGGCUCCAAACAAACGAACCAUUCAAGGUCACGAUCCGAUAUCCGCUGAUCGCAAAAGGGCCGUCAGCCGAGUCUAGCCUAUCAGAGCUGGCAGCAAAACCACGAUAUCGCCCUGGUGGGGGUUUCAUCCGUCGGGUUCCUCCCCCUUGGUCAGGGUUCGAGAUAACAGCAUCGCAUCACCCUCGAUUCUUGCGGGUGACAACAAUGUGGGCUGGAGGAGCCCAUGGAGCUGGCAUUACAUUCCGGGCGCAGACAGAGAGCUAUUGUUGUGGACCUGGGGAUAUUGCGGAGUUCAAUUUCCGAGCUUACCGGAGCCCUCGUUCUCUCCCACAUAGUUACGGUCUCACCUUUACCCCCUUUUUCAUUUGGCGGCCCCAUGUUGUCUCUCAUGACGAAGACGUGGGGGUUGCGUUUGAGGGGAAUCAGUUCUUCUCGGGCCGGUUAAAUAGGAAUGAAAAUACAUUCGGGACUACGGGUCUAACAGCCGGUACCUUCUUAGCUGGCCAUUCCCACGUAGCCUUGCCUAGCCGCGGAGGGAUGCCAUCCAGAGAUGACACGGUCCAGUCAUCGUCGUGUUUUGGGGGAAGUACAGUUUGUUAUCCGGGCACAAGCCCAGCUGAGUUUCGCCUCGUCUUGCGCCUCGCCGCCCCUUUGGAGGGAAGUGUUGUUGUUGGCGGAGCCAAUGAUUCGUCUGAUCCAUCCAGUGGUUACCGUCAGCAGCCUCAUUUAGGUACACAGUCGGAGCGCAACGGUCUGCCCUACCAGGUCCUUCGCUUUGCACUGUAUAUGAUCACCGCUCCCGUCACCUCAAGUCACUUCGGAGCUCUCAUUCGACGUGAGUUCGUCUCCCCCUGCUGGUUAUCUACUUCCCUCAGUACCCAACCAAUGCUGAAUGAUGGUCGAUCAGCUGGUCUGGACUGGGCGGGAUUCCUUUCGUGUGCGCCUGCCGCACCCCCCUUCUACAGUAGAGGGAGGAAGAGGAAUUGGAUCGAUCUUCCACCUCCGCUUGACCGUAUCACGCUUUCGGUCGAGAUCAAUACACCAUAA